AUGGAGGAAGAAGUACCGUUGAAAAUUAUCGAAUUAUCUGAUUUUCUUCAUUUACCAUCGAUCCUUUCCAAAAGACUUGAAUUUAAACAAACAAAAACUGAAGAAUCAUCAUCUGGUCAACGCCGAACAGAUCGACAAGGAUCAGAUGGAAUUAAAUUAAAAAUUGCACAAUCGGGUAUUGUUUUGUUAAGACACAAGACAAUAUCUACUGAUAAUCAUGCUAAUGAAGAAUAUUCCAAACAGAAGGAAUUAAUUAUACCUAAAGAUAUCAUUGUAUUUGCUGAUGAUGUAGAUCGAGAAAAAAUUGGUCUAUUCAAUAAGUCAAAAAAUCAUUUUUCAAGACAUUUGUUAGUUACAUCGGGUGCUGCACUUCAAGCACUAAUACCUCCAUUAACUAACGCUACAGAAUGGAUUGUUAUUUGUAAACUUAAAUAUUCUAAACUUUAUACAAAAGAAUUACCAAUUGAAAGAAAUGUUAUUAUUUCAUUGAAUGUACAUCAUCCUUAUGUUCGCUAUGAAAUCCUUACUGCCUUUGAAUUAUUACAACAAUCAUUCAAUGAAAUAAAAUCAGCUUAUAUUAUGAUUGAUUUUUCUCAAAUAUUAAGUCGAUGGUUUAAAAAUUAUCUACAACGUACUGAUCAAUAUCCACCAUUGUCGAGUCGAAUAUUGUUUCGAUAUCAAAUUCAAUCAUGUAAAUGUUCGCUUACUUUAGGAAAACGACAGUUUCAUCAAGAUAAUAAUUAUUAUCGAAUUCGAAAUAGUCGAAAAAAAUCUCAUGCUAAAUCUGAUAUUCCAGUGCAGAUUUAUAUUAGUUUCAAUUCUUUACCAACAAUGGUUUAUUCAAUUCAAUUAAAUAAUAUAUUUGUCUAUUCAAUGAAUGAUGAAUAUAAACAAAUAUUAAAAGAUAUUGGUAAUGGUUUAUCAUUAGUUUCUGUACAAAACAUUGAUUCUUGUGAAGUUGUAGAAGAGAAACCAAAUAAUUGUAAUUCUCUUGUUGAAACAGAGGAAAAUUGUCAAGGAAAAUAUACUGUUCAAGAAAAAGAAGAAACAAAAUCUUGUCCCUCAUCAUAUGAACCAAAUGAACAAGAAAAAAUGUUAUUUGAAAAACUUUGGGAUAAUCGAAUACGAAUUCAAAUGCAACAUCAACAAUUAAUGACGAGAGGAGCACGAUUAUUAUGUUUCUCAUCUCUUAAUAAUGAUUCGUUUUAUAGAAAAGAUACACAAUUAAAUAAUGAAUCGGAUUUACAAACAAUGAAAUUUGUUCAUUAUUAA